GCGCGGCGACCUCCCCCUCUCACCCCCAGCCCUUCUUCUCCUCCUCCCCAAGCUUCGAACGGACCUACGAGGAGAAGGACGCGGACGCGAGAGACUGGACCAGGAGACACCGAAGCCUCGGAUCGACCGACGCGACGAGAUGUCUUCGCCGGCCGAGUACUACAAUUCACUCCCACCUAUAAGCAAGGCAUAUGGGACGUUGUGUUUCUUUACCACCGUCCUGGUUCAGCUUCGGAUACUGGACCCAAAAUUUAUUGCCUUAUAUUACCCCUGGGUGUUCAAGAACUUUGAGAUAUGGAGGUUAUUUACAAAUUUCUUUUUUCUGGGCCCAUUUUCCAUCAACUUUGGUAUUCGCCUUCUGAUGAUAGCAAGGUAUGGUGUGCAGUUGGAAAAGGGUGCAUUCGAAAAGCGGACUGCAGAUUUCUUGUGGAUGAUGAUAUUUGGAGCUAUCUCACUACUGGUAGUGUCAGCUAUUCCCCUAUUUGAGUUUUCAUUCUUGGGAAUACCUAUGGUCAGCAUGCUUCUAUAUGUUUGGAGCCGAGAGUAUCCGAAUUCUCAGAUAAAUAUGUACGGCCUCGUCCAAUUGAGGUCAUUUUAUCUUCCAUGGGCUAUGCUCGGAUUGGAUGUGAUAUUUGGAUCACCGUUACUGCCUGGCCUUCUGGGUAUCAUGGUUGGACAUCUAUACUACUUCCUGGCGGUGUUGCACCCACUAGCCACUGGAAAGAAUUAUCUGAAGACUCCGAAAUGGGUACACAGCAUCGUCGCUCGAUUCAGAAUAGGUGUGCAGGCAAACUCUCCAGUCCGACCACCAGCCAACACCGGCGGUACUGGUGCCUUCAGAGGAAGAAGCUAUAGGCUCAAUCAAUAGAUUGACCUGGAGAACACACCCUAUAAUGUGAUGCUGAUCAGACUGCAAUGUAGAAGCAGAGCUCAGGACAUAGUAAGGGCAACCGGGGUUAAGGGUUGUUUUCUUAGAGGCUCUAGAAAAUGCAUGACUUGUUGCACGGAAUGGCGAAUUUUUCAUGUGCUGAUUUAGUUCCUGAAAAUUAUGUUUCACACAUGAAUAUAAUUGUGUAAUGCCCGUUUGUCUUGUACUUGUACACUAGCUGUACAAUAACUGUGUGCCGCCUGUUUUGGGGAAAGGGUCUAAAUUGAGUUGGGACGAGCUGUUUUGUUU